GCGGGAGCUACUUCCAUGUGGGCUUCCUGCUGCGGCCUGCUGAAUGAAGUCAUGGGCACUGGAGCCGUCCGCGGGCAGCAGGCUGGCUUUGGGGGAGCUGCUGGCCCGUUCAGAUUUGCACCGAAUACAGACUUCUCGGCAUACCCUUCUCCGGCUGCGGCGGGCGCUAACAUAGUCUGCAAAGCCUGUGGGCUUUCCUUUUCCGUUUUUAGGAAAAAACAUGUGUGUUGUGACUGCAAGAAGGACUUCUGCUCCGUGUGUUCCGUCUUACAGGAGAAUCUCAGAAGAUGCUCCACUUGUCACUUGCUGCAAGAAACAGCCUUUCAGCGGCCUCAGCUAAUGCGACUGAAAGUCAAGGAUCUGCGUCAGUAUCUGAUUCUCAGAAACAUCCCAACGGAUACUUGCAGGGAGAAGGAAGACUUGGUGGAUCUUGUGCUGUGCCACCACGGGUUAGGUUCGGAGGAGGACAUGGACACUAGCAGCUUGCGUUCGUCACGCUCGCAGACUUCGGGGUUUUUUACUCAUCCGUUUUCUAUGUCUGUAUCGGUGUCGUCCCAAGGAGAGCUUGCAAACAGAAGGGGGAGCACAGGAAACGGAACACCUUUACGGGGACCAACUGAAACGUCUCCUAUAAAUAACGAAGAAGACGACAGUGCGGAAGAGCAGACCCCGGGGCUGUCCAGAAAGCGAGCGAGGGCAUCUCUGUCCGAUAUUUCAAGUCUGGAGGACAUUGAAGGAUUGAGUGUUCGGCAGCUGAAGGAAAUCCUUGCGUGUAACUUCGUCAACUACUCGGGAUGCUGUGAAAAAUGGGAACUUGUGGAAAAAGUGAGCAGGCUCUACAGAGAGAGCGAGGAAAACCACAAGACACAGGGCGAGAAGAUGCAGCUGAAUGAGGAUGACGACAACCUGUGUCGGAUCUGCAUGGACGCCGUCAUCGACUGCGUCCUGCUGGAGUGCGGCCACAUGGUCACUUGCACCAAGUGCGGCAAGAGGAUGAGCGAGUGCCCCAUCUGCCGACAGUACGUCGUGCGGGCCGUGCACGUCUUCAAGUCCUAG